CGAAUAACUGUUUUGUUUCCUUGUAGCCCGAGCACAGAUAACGCCUAAGCGUUUAACUAAAUGAGGAUAGACGGAAAGCAAUGCAGGCUAUUACACCAGAGCCUAGUAUAACCUAUUUACCGAAAUAACACGUUGUACACUUAAUUUGUGUAAUUUGUGGAAUGAGAAUGUUACUUUUGGGGUAGUGUAAGAGUUUUCACAGAACGGAACCCCCCGGCGCGCUUUUUCUUGCGUGACUCUGGGUGGCAGCAACAGCAUCUGGCAGCGCCGGCGACUUCCUGCUGCCCGGCCAGGGCGAUCACAUGAUCCGGCAAAGUUCGGCGUACAAGUUUCUCCGGACGUUCCGCAUUGCCAGCUGUCGGGGAUGCGGUGACUCUCCGGACCGAAAGUUAACCGGACCCAGAUCGUCCGGCUCCACUGGACUCUAUCAGCCAUCUAGCCAUUAUUAGUCCGUGACUGGGCACCAUGUGACCACAUAAUUCCCCUCUACACAAUGUUCCAAAUACCUCUACUUCUGCUUCUGGUGAGAAGAACAAUCUAUGGCGCCUUGUCAGGAUGGGGCAGUGAACUCACGGAAUACAACCUUCUUAUGCUGUCACCUGACCACCAGGAAGGCCAGUCUGGGUGACUGGUUACCAUGGCGCGGCUCCUGGGUUCCAGUAACCCUGUCCUCAAUGAGAGGAGUGAUGAAAUCACACCACUUUUGGGGAAACAAGAGGACGAAUCAGCGCCUCCCCAGUGCUGCUCUGCACGCUGCAACCUGGCCGCUCUGAUGUUCUUCGGUUUCGCCGUCGUCUAUGGGCUACGCGUCAAUCUUAGCGUUGCCAUGGUUGCCAUGGUCAACGGGACCAAUGCCCAGCCAUCCAGCAACAGCUCCGAAGAACAGGGAUGUCCAUCUUCUGGUCCCAGUUUGAACGGCAGCAGUAGCUCCGAGCAGGCGGGGGGGGCCCCGCGGUAUCCCUGGGAUUCAGCCACACAGGGCUAUCUCCUGGGGGCCUUCUUCUUUGGCUACUUGGUGACUCAGAUCCCUGGGGGGUAUCUAGCCGGGCAUCUGGGCGGACGGAUCUUCCUGGGCGGAGGGGUGCUGGGCACGGCGGGCCUCACCCUCCUCACGCCUCUGGCGGCUGGACUGGGGGUCCCGUGGCUGUUCGCCCUGCGUGCCCUCGAGGGCUUCGGUGAGGGUGUGACGUUUCCAGCAAUGAUGGCCAUGUGGGCCCGCUGGGCUCCGCCCCUGGAGAGGUCGAGCCUCAUCAGCUUCUCAGGAGCGGGGGCCAGCUGUGGGGCCUUUUUGGCGCUGCCCCUCACCGGCUUCAUCUGCCACAACCUCGGCUGGCCAGCUGUCUUCUACUGCUGUGGGGGCGGCGGCUGUCUAUGGGCAGUGUUCUGGUUUUGUCUCGUGACUGAUGAGCCUCAGUCUCAUCCACGAAUCAGCAAGCGAGAGAGAGAUUACAUCGUCAACUCCAUUGGGUCACAGGGAAGUGCCCAUGGCUGGAAGGUGCCAGUCCUGCCCAUGCUGCUCUCUGUGCCCCUGUGGGCGAUCAUCAUCUCCCAGAUGUGUGCCAACUGGAGCUACUACACCCUGCUGACCUCGUUACCCAUCUACAUGGACACUGUGCUUCACUUUAACCUCCAGCAGAACGGCUUCCUGUCGGCCUUACCCUACCUGGGUGGUGGGCUGUUUUCAAUGCUGUCUGGUGUCAUGGCAGACAAGCUGCUGGAGAGAAAACUCCUAAGCGUCACGGCAGUCCGAAAGAUCUUCACCCUCACAGGGCUCCUCCUGCCGGCUGCCUUCCUGGCUGCCAUGGGCUUUGUGGGAUGCAACCAGUCGCUGGCCGUCAUCUUCCUCACAGUCUCCUCCACCAUCGGAGGCACCAGUGCUGCUGGAGUCUUCGUUAACCAGAUUGACAUCGCGCCUCGGUAUGCAGGCAUGCUGCUGGGAAUCACCAACACGUUCGGGACCAUCCCCGGAGUGGUCGCCCCCAUUGCUGUGGGUUACUUCACCAAAGAUUCACAGCACCUCCUACUGGGCUGGAGGAACGUCUUCCUUGUGUCAGCUGCAGUGAGCGCUGCAGGUGCCCUCAUCUUUACCAUUUUUGGCAGCGGGAAGGUCCAGCGCUGGACACUCAGUGACAAUGACGAUGGGACUGAAGGCAGCGGGAGGGCAGGGUGACACAUGCUGAUCUGUAACCCCCAAGCAGAGACACCGGGCACUUCCUGUUACACUGUCUUAGAACUUAGUGCUGUAAACAUUCUGACGAUGGUAACAAAUUUACCAAGAAAAGAACCAAAGCUGUACAGCCAAAUACAUCAGAAGUUCAGACAAAUACCAUUGAACAUUUUAUCAUUGUUUGAUUUUCCAUGAUUCAUAGGAAAUUAAAACUCAGAGUAACAGGCUCCCCCACUGGUACUCCCCACGGUGGGGAUGUGGGUUCCACUCCUAGUUAUUUCACAUUGGCUGUGUGUGGCCUGCAGUCUUUCAGCUAUCACAGCUCGGUCAAUCCUGCUCAAAGCUAUCCUGUAGAUACCUUGCAACUUUGUUCAUUUGCAUCACCCAGUUCUGAUUUCUUGGUGAAAUUCUCAACAUCAUGUUUACAUUUUGGACUGAAUAUUCAAAGAUAAUUUCACAUUUACGAUACACGUCUUGAUUUUUUUUUCUGUGAUGUUUACAAUAAUUUUUAAAACACUUUCAGAAUGUCUUUUGGUGCAGAAACGGAAAAUGUGCACAGACAUUUGAUAAUGCAUUCUUAUUCUAGGAGUCUUUGGCAGAUUCAUAGCUGAUGUCCAAUAUUGCAACGUCCAUCAUUCCAGUGAUUACUCAGGGCUUUGUUAGCUGUUAAACCAUUUCCCAUCUAUCUGAUAUAUGAUGUUUUAUGUUCUAGAAGGGAAUCAAAUGCACUUUUUAUGUUGGCUCCACAUGCAACCUCACUUAUGUCACGCUUAUGGCAUCUGCCGGUGUCUUACAUCUAACACACUUUCAGACAUUGUUGGGAAACAUGAAUCUAACUACACAUGUGCAGGUCUUUGCCCUGAUUGAACUGGGUAGCUGGUGGGUAAGGAACUGAGCUUAUUAACAGCAGUUAAGACCCCAAAUGAAAACAAAUGAGGGCACUGCCACCCUGCAUCUGAAUAAAAGAAUCCAUCCAUCCUAAGACCCACUUAUCCUGGUCAAGGUGGCCUGUGCCCUGGACCAAGAUGUACCAAUUAUUCAAGAAACAAUUAAGUAUAAUCAUAAUGGAUUUUUUUCACUGAGUAGUUGACUAGGUCUUAAGAUACCAUUAACAUGUCUGAAUUUUUUGUUUUUAUGAAGGAUGUCUUUAUUAUUCCAUAUAAAAUAACAAAGGGAUGAAAUGUUAUGCAUAUAUACUAGAGGCCAAUGCAAAACCCAAUUCCUGUGAUCCGCAAGUAUAUUAUUUUGUCAUUGGAAAAAUUGCACUUUAAAAUGAAACGAUUAUCACCCAUUGAGUUAAAUAGAUUAUUGGGAAAAACAUUUUCUAUCUAUAUUUUUAUUAAAUUCAGUUAUCUAUGUGAAUAUUUUUUGUGGGGUAGUUAAAGCGGGACUGUUUUUCAUUGACAUUGGGGGUGUUUAGAUAUUCUGUGUGCCAGAGGUAACAACAGUUAUUAUGUUAUUAAAUCGUUGUUUAAAUGUGUGUAUUUGUUGAGAAAUAAACGAUAUAAUUAUUACAUCGA